AUGGUGCGUGGUCUGUCGCAGUGGACGAAAACCUUGAGCUUCCCUGCGAGGGUGUCCCCCCAGAGGCCUGCCAAGGAGUCGAAAGGGUUUCAUGUGAGUCCCAGUGCUAGUCCCACAUCGCCACCCAGCCCGAUCAACGACAACAUGGACAAGGCGCCGAUUAUUACCGAUGAGAAUUUCCAGGAUCUGGAAGCAGAAAAGGCAAUAAUGGGAUCCAUUGUGUACUGUAUACAUCAUAAGGACGGGUGCAAGUGGUCGGACGAACUUCGGAAAUUAAAGGCUCACCUGAAUACCUGCAAGCACGACGCAGUUCCAUGCAGCAAUAAAUGUGGUGCGAUGAUUCCGCGUGUACUGAUGGAGGACCAUUUGAAAUAUACUUGUGCCCAGCGGCGAGCACGCUGCGACUUCUGUGCCAAAGAAUUCACCGGUCACACGCUCGAGAAACACACAGGAACGUGUGGCUACGAACCGCUCUACUGCGAGAAUAAAUGCGGUAUGAAGGUACAACGAAGGCACCUCAGUCAGCAUAAGUUGGGCGAAUGUGCGAAAAGACUGGUGGCGUGUCGUUAUUGUAACAAAGAGUUUGUUUUUGACACUCUUGGUGCUCAUCACGCUAAGUGUGGUCGUUUUCCAGUCGCUUGUCCACAUCGUUGUGAAACUGCUGUUUUACCAAGAGAAGAUCUUGAAGUCCAUUUGAAAGAUCAUUGUACUACACAUCUCUUAUCUUGUACUUUCAAAGAUGCUGGUUGCCGUUUUAAGGGAAACAGAUUCUCGUUGGACAAACAUCUGGAAGAAUCAGCAAAGAUGCAUUUAAGUUUGAUGUGCAGUGUGGUAACCAAACAGCAGCACCAAAUAACCAGUCUGAAAUCUGCUAUUAGUAAACUAUCGUUAAACUAUACAGGCACUCUUAUAUGGAAAAUCACGGAUUACAGUGCUAAAAUGUCCGAAGCGAAAGCUAAGGAAGGAAUGGAACUCGUCAGCCCUCCCUUUUACACUAGUCAAUAUGGUUACAAGCUACAGGCGUCAGUUUUCUUAAACGGAAACGGAACCGGCGAAGGAAGUCAUAUUUCAAUAUACAUAAAGAUUCUUCCCGGAGAGUACGACGCUCUGUUGCGAUGGCCAUUCUCCCAUAGCGUGUCUUUUACCAUAUUCGAUCAAACAGUAGUUGCAGAAAAAGCGUGCAAUAUUGUAGAAAGUUUUAUACCAGAUCCAACAUGGAAGAACUUUCAGAGGCCCAGUCGUGAACCCGAUUCCCUUGGUUUUGGUUUUCCUCGAUUUGUUUCUCAUGAAAUGGUAAAGAAACGACAUUUUGUCAAAGAUAACACCAUGUUCAUCCGAGUAAAGGUCGAUCCUAGUAAAAUAGUAGCCGUUUAAAAGAAUGAAUCUUUUUUCACCAGAAUCGUAUUUUUUAAUACGUUGUAUCAUACUAUCUCAAUCGCUAUCGUUCCACUUAGUACUGUUAUGUUACACACGCGUGCACAUGUGUGUUUUUCAAUGUGGUUUAUACGCAUUUUUUAUUUUUACAUGUAUUGUCAGUCCAGUAAACGAUUAAUGGUACUUGAUAUUUAUUAAUUGUAUACUUGAUGUGAUAGGCAGAAGUACUUUAUAUAUACAAAGCACGUGGUACUUACGUCAUUGCACUGAGAGUAUACUAUGUAUAGCGAAACUGUCAGAAUAUACAUGAAACAUUUAGGAAACGAUAGUAACUAAUGAAAUGAAAUACUUGGAGGAUAUGAAUUGGGAAAUUUUGAAUUUCAAUUAUCUUUAUUUCUUUAUUCAUAUGUAAUAUUUCUAUCUAAUUUCAGAAAUUUGAAUAAGAGGAUAUUUGAAUAAGAAAUGUAUCAUAAAUAAGCGAUCUUAUAAUUAUUUAGAUGUAAUUAUUGAUUGAGUAUUUUAUAUCAAAUUUUAAAAUUUAAACUUUCAAUUAUAACAUUGAAAUUUUACUUUGUUACAAUUCCCAAUUAUUUUCAUCUUUCAUUUCAUAAUAAGUUUCCACGUUCUUUAUUGAAUAUUUCGAUUUACAAACUUAACAUUGGAUUGAAGUUUUGACUGAUAUUAAAGCAAAUUAAUUUUUUCCAUUUAAUUAGCUUAACCGAUCAAUGUUAAGUUUGCUAAAACGAAAACUUUACUUUAAGAAUUCAAAUCAAAGAUUAUUAAAGGACUGUGUAUUUAUAAUUUUAAGGGAUGUAAAUAUUGUGAAGAAAAAAAAAAUAAUAAUCAUAGCGCCGAAUGAAUACGAUAUAAUAAAAUAAUUAAUCGAAGCGACAAAUUACCGAUGUAAAUACGAAUUUACACACAUUAGUGAUAAUGAGAAAUUGUGAUUGAGAUGCUAGUGACUGUAUGUAAUGAUCUAAAUAGAAAUAAGAAAUAAUAAAACUAUUACAUUCAUAUAUUACAUAUAAA